AAUUCAAACAGUUGUAUUGCGACUGCCGAAGUUUCGACAUGUGGCUGCUACGCGGAUUGUUCUUUUGUGGCCUUCUGGCCGUUGCAUUGGCCUUUGGAGAUGAAGCAAUUUUCGAGGACGAGGACAUCUACAACCAGGCGCUACCACCAGUUCCCCACACAGGCAUCACGUUGCCCGGUACCAAAUGGUGCGGACCGGGAAACACGGCGGCCAACUUUGAGGAUCUUGGCCGGGAGCGGGAGACGGACAAGUGCUGUCGGGCUCACGACCACUGCGACGAGAUUAUCGAGCCCCAUGCUGUACUCCACCGUCUGCCGGCCAACACUGACUGGUUUCCCAUCCUCAAGUGCACCUGCGAGCAGCAGUUUAUCAAUUGCCUGCAGGCGGUGAACAGCCUCACCUCCAACACACUUGGUCGGAUUUACUAUGGCAGCCGGAGCAAAUGUUUCGACAACGGAUAUCCCACCAUCGAGUGCAAGCAAUACCAGGAGGGAACCUUCCGAAAGCGCUGCAUCCGGUAUAAGGUGGACAAGACGAAGGCCAAGGUUUGGCAGUUCUACGACAUGCCGUUCUUCACGAUCCCAGCGUCGACGGGUUGACCCCAAAACGAAGAUUUGUAGAAAUUUCGCAAGACUUUGGGAAUCGCACUUGAAUCUGAUUUUAAAAACAUACAUAAACACAAAACAAAUAUAUUUAAA